AUGCAACUCCUGAUGUCAGAGGCCCUCUCGGUGCUGAUUUGUUCGGCGGCUGGCGUAGGCAGCGGUGACUUCCACAUCUACCGAGGACUUCGUAGACGAGAAUAUGCCAGAUUGGAAUUCAUCGAAGAGCAAAAAAAGCAGCAAGCAGCAGAUGAAGAAUUCCAGAAAUUGCGCGAAGAAAGGAUAAAAGAAUUUGAAGCAAAAACCGCAAAAAAGCGACAGAAGCGCCUAAAGAAAAAGGAGAGGCGAAAGAGGAAAAAAGGCGAUAACGGGUCACAAACAAGUGAACACAGCGAUGGAACAGACGAUGAAAAUUCCACUGAGGAAAAUCCUACGAGCGAGGACAAGAAGGAGCAGUAG